CACCAGCUGAGCUGAUUAUAAAAGAGAGGAUGCUUGUUGUCUGGGGGGAGCUGCUGGUGUGCCCUCUCCUGGUUGCUGAGGCAGACAAGCUGUUGGCAUUCACUGAUUAUCUCUCUGCUAGCUUACAAUUCCAGCCUGGGCAGGCAACCUUCACAAUUCCAGUUAGAAAGUACUUCUGCUGGCAGUGACUAGUCAUGAAUUCAUCUUGCCUAAACAACAGAGCUGAGAGCCACUUUAGAGCAUCAGAGGAGCACGAACUGGAGACAGUGGGGAAGAAAGCUUGGGACAAUCCUGUUUACAAUGGCUCUCCUUCUACCUCCCUGAAGAUUCAAACCAUCUACAACCCCAAGUCUAUCCUGGAAAAUCCCUACGAGAACUUUGAAGAGGUUGGGGAUCCACUGCCCUACCAGGAAGAACAGAGCAAAGCUGUGGAUCGGAAGACAAGUCCUUUCCUCAAGUGCUUCUUCUACAUCUUCAGAGGCAUAAGAGGUCUGUGGGGCACUACACUGACUGAGAACACAGCUGAAAACAGAGAGCUUUAUGUGAAGACCACACUGCGAGAGCUGCUAGUCUAUGUUGUGUUCUUGGUGGACAUCUGUCUGUUGACAUAUGGAAUGACAAGUUCAAGUGCCUAUUACUACACCAAAGUGAUGUCUGAGCUCUUUCUGCAAACCUCUUCAGAUGGCCGUGUCUCCUUCCAGUCCAUCGGCAGCAUGGCUGACUUCUGGAUGUAUGCACAAGGUCCCCUUCUGGAUAAUCUUUACUGGACAAAGUGGUACAACAACAAGUCCCUGACAGCGCACAGCACUCAGUCGUACAUAUAUUACGAGAACCUGCUGCUGGGUGUGCCACGCAUGAGACAACUGAAGGUGAAGAACAAUUCCUGUGUGGUCCAUAAUGACUUCAAGGAGGAAAUCUCAGGCUGCUAUGAUGUGUACUCAGAAGACAAGGAGGAAAAGGUCUCCUUUGGGCUCAUCAAUGGAACGGCGUGGAAGUACCAUUCUGAGGAGGAGCUUGGUGGUUCAUCUCACUGGGGAAGACUAACCAGUUACAGUGGGGGAGGAUACUACAUAGACCUCAAGUUGACCAGAGAAGAGAGUGCUGAAGCCCUGCAAGUCUUGAAGGAGAAGUUAUGGCUGGAUCGGGGAACACGAGUUGUCUUCAUUGAUUUCUCUGUGUAUAAUGCAAAUAUCAAUCUGUUCUGUGUUCUGAGGUUAGUUGUUGAGUUUCCAGCCACUGGUGGUGCCAUUCCUUCCUGGCAAAUCCGGACGGUCAAACUUAUACGAUAUGUCAGUGCAUGGGACUUCUUCAUUGUUGCCUGUGAAAUUGUAUUCUGUGUCUUCAUCUUCUACUAUGUGGUGGAGGAGACUUUGGAGCUGCGUAUCCACAAGCUUCAGUACUUCACCAGCAUCUGGAACAUCCUGGAUGUGGUUGUCAUUCUGCUCUCCAUUGUUGCCAUUGGGUUUCACAUCUUUCGCACCAUUGAGGUGAACAGGCUGCUGGGAGAGUUGCUGAAACACCCCAACACCUACGCAGAUUUUGAGUUCUUGGCAUUCUGGCAGACUCAAUAUAACAAUAUGAAUGCAGUCAACUUAUUCUUUGCCUGGAUCAAGAUAUUCAAGUACAUUAGCUUUAACAAAACAAUGACCCAGCUCUCCUCCACCCUGGCACGUUGCGCCAAGGACAUCCUGGGCUUUGCCAUUAUGUUCUUCAUUGUCUUCUUUGCCUAUGCCCAGCUGGGUUACCUUCUUUUUGGGACACAAGUGGAAAACUUCAGUACCUUUGUUAAAUGCAUCUUCACCCAGUUUCGGAUCAUUCUCGGAGAUUUUGACUACAAUUCCAUUGACAAUGCCAACAGGGUCCUUGGGCCUAUUUACUUUGUCACCUAUGUGUUCUUUGUUUUCUUUGUGCUCCUGAACAUGUUUCUGGCCAUCAUCAAUGACACCUACUCAGAAGUCAAGGAGGAGCUUUCAAGCCAGAAGGAUGAGCUGCAACUCUCUGACAUCUUGAAGCAGAGCUACAACCGGACACUCAUGAGGCUGAAGCUGAAGAAGGAGCGAAUUUCCGAUGUGCAGAAAGCACUGCAGAAUGGAACGAAAGAAUUAGACUUUGAAGACUUCAAGAACAGCUUGAAGGAGCUGGGCCAUACAGACCAUGAGAUCACAGCAGCUUUCUCCAGGUUUGACAAAGAUGGCAACCACAUCCUUGAUGAAGAGGAGCAACAGCAGAUGAAGCAUGACCUCGAGGCAAAAAGGGUUGCUCUGAACACAGAGAUUGAAAAUUUGGGGAAAUCCUAUGGUGAAAACAACCUGGAUGAGAAUCUGAUCUACAGGGAAGCAAGAGAUAACCACACCAAUAAAGCCAGCUGGGUCUCCAAAGAAGAGUUCCAAGUCCUGCUGCAACGUGUACUGCAGCUGGAACUGUCCAUAAACAGCACUGGCUCCAAGACUGAUGCAGUGGUGAGCAAGCUCGAUGUGCCAGAAAGGAACAAGCUGAAGAGGGAAGACCUGGAGGGCAAACCACUGAAUGAUGUUAGUAAGGAAGAAGAAGCCAGUCAGGAAGAGCUGCACUCCCAGAGCCUAGACCAGCUGGGGAAGGAAGAAGCAGAAACUUCGGGAAUGGAACACGUACAGAGAAACAACUUGAGUGACAACUCUUCCCAAAAUGGUGUCUACCACAUCUUGCCCAGGUCAAACAUGCUGGGGUCUCAAGUGUCCAAGAACAUUAUCCAGCCACAGUCGGAUGUGCACUUCUAGCAAACAGCCAAGUGCUCCCAAUCUGGCUCCCACGGUACUAAGUCACUGUCAGUUGUUCCCCCACUGUUGAGAUAAUCCAGAUAGCUGGACACAGACACCACUGUUGCCAGGAACAGUCUGUGUGAAAAAUCAGGGCUGCUCUUCUUCAGUGUAAUGAUGUGUAAUGUCACAGAGUAGAACUGCUACCCUUUCUCCCCCUGGUAUUUCUGGAGUAGGUGAAAUUUGGAACCAGGUAAUGUAUUAGGUUUCUGCCUCUGAACAAGCUGACACAAAGUCUCUUAUCUAUCCUUUCCCAAAAAGUAGGGACCCCAGAACUCUGAACACUUGUGUCCAGAGUGGCAUAUUGCAACUUGUUCCCAACACACACAAUUGUCUGCAGAAAACAGAUGUGAUUAUAUUCAGUUUUCUUUACAUUAUAAUCACUAGAGUGAGAUGGAAAGAAGAAGUUUAGUUGUGUCUACCUGGUUACAGAUGGUUUUGUUCUGCUGUAGUUUGUUUCCAGAUUACCAUGGUAACCUUCCCUGUAUCUUAGAUUCAGAUGUUGAGAGAAGAGGAUACUAACACCUAACUUUGGACAACUAAAAUUAGAAAUGACUGACAGUUUAAUUGGGAGGAAAUCUGAAAUACUCUAAACUAAGAACCAGUUGUUAUUGGUAAAGUCUUGGGUCUGAGUGUUAGGGAACAAACUUCUGGUUAUGUGGUUUUCAACACAGCUGUUGAUGCUCUAUCAUUUUUUUUCACAUUCCUUAAAUUGCAUCUCAAGGUUCUUCAAAAAACUAGCACCACAUUUAUGAAGCUGUGAUCUUGCUUUUGCCAAGGAAACAAUUUGCAGUUGUGGGUCCUGACACCAUUUCAGUUGAAGAAUAUUGUGAAAAUGAGAUGUGUCUGUUUUUCAACCACAUGCAUGCAAAAUACUUCUUUUCCAGGCAUUUCUCCCUUUGCUGAGACUUCUCUUUCCUUCUAACUGGUGCAGAGUAUUGCUGCUAUUACAGGGUCACUGUAAAUGUAUUCCCAAUAUAUUAAUCACUGGUAUUCUACAAUAGUUAAACUCAAUUAGACUCUGUAGGCUUAAAGCCAAUAGAAAUGUGAGUUGUACCAGGCAAUUGCUAACAGCUCUCAUUAGUGCUACCCUGUUUAAGCAUGCUAUGCAGUGCAGUGAUAAG